AGAAUAAUGGUGGAUGGUGGCCUUCCUCCGUACCCUCAAGUAUAAAGAAAAAAAUCACAAAAUCAAUCCACCCAAAAAAACCCAAUUUCACUGCUGCUUUUUGGGGGAUUUGUAUGAACAGCGAAUCGAAGAGAUGAAGGAGAACAACAACAGCAACAGCAACAACAAUGAUGGAUUUGUAAGGGCCGAUCAGAUUGAUCUCAAAAGCUUAGAUGAACAGCUUGAACGGCAUCUCAGUAAAGUAUGGACUAUGGAGAAGAACAAAAACAGGCAGCCGGACUUUGAAGACUCCGCCGCUGCCACCGCUGCCCCCGUCAGACCAUUGUCUAAGUCCACCGCAACUAAUAGGAUUGAGAGGCAGGAGUGGGAGAUCGAUCCUUCUAAGCUCGUCAUCAAAAGUAUUCUUGCUCGUGGUACAUUUGGCACCGUUCAUCGUGGGGUCUACGACGGCAUGGAUGUCGCUGUGAAACUGUUGGAUUGGGGUGAAGAGGGCCAUAGAUCAGAAGCAGAAAUACAAUCUUUAAGGGCAGCUUUUACACAAGAAGUGGUGGUGUGGCAUAAACUUGAUCAUCCAAAUGUGACUAAGUUCAUAGGGGCAACAAUGGGUUCAUCAGAGCUACAAGUACAAACCGAAAAUGGUCAAAUUGGAAUGCCAAGCAACAUCUGUUGUGUUGUGGUGGAGUAUCUCCCUGGGGGUGCUUUAAAAUCUUACCUCAUAAAGAAUCGAAGAAAGAAACUUGCUUUUAAAGUAGUUGUCCAAAUGGCACUUGAUCUUGCAAGAGGGUUAAGUUACCUACACUCUCAAAAGAUUGUACAUAGAGAUGUGAAGACUGAAAAUAUGCUUUUGGACAAAUCAAGAACUGUUAAAAUUGCUGAUUUUGGUGUUGCACGUGUCGAAGCUUCAAAUCCAAAUGAUAUGACUGGUGAAACGGGGACACUUGGCUAUAUGGCCCCUGAGGUACUUAAUGGCAACCCGUAUAAUAGGAAAUGCGACGUGUAUAGUUUUGGUAUUUGUUUGUGGGAAAUAUAUUGCUGUGAUAUGCCAUAUCCUGACCUUAGUUUCUCUGAAGUAACUUCUGCUGUUGUUCGACAGAAUCUAAGACCAGAUAUGCCAAGAUGUUGUCCAAGUUCACUUGCGAAUGUAAUGAAAAAAUGUUGGGAUGCAAACCCUGACAAACGGCCUGAAAUGGAUGAAGUAGUGACUUUAUUGGAAGCCAUCGAUACAUCAAAAGGUGGAGGCAUGAUCCCAGGCGAUCAACCCCAGGGUUGUCUAUGUUUCCGCAACUCCCGUGGCCCUUAACUAUUGGCUGAGUCAAUCAAUCGUAUGUACAACUCAACACAUCAAAUAUUUGAAAUUGAAUGUCUAAAGAUCCGACCCGGUUUUUAAAAGUUGGAAAACUACAUAACAUAAUAUAAUAGAUUCCCUUCCCAAAAAUGAAUGGGGAAUAUGUUA